AUGUCCGACUACGCCACGCACAUUCCAGUUUCUAGCCCCGACCCCACCGGCAUCCAGACACUCAUACCGAGCUUUGCCUACGAACCCCCUGCCGACGCGCUCGUCCCCUCCCCAUGGGAGCUCCCAGUGGACAGCAUGACUGAAGCCGGUAGUCGUAGUAGUAGGAGGACCCUGGACGCUGGCAAGAUGGCGCAGGUGGUCCAGCGCGCUGGCGGGACAGGUCUAGAGGUCGCGACCAGACCGCACCGUCUUGCGACUGUGCGCCCGAGUGGUGCCACGACACCUCAAACCAAGGUCCAACUCCUCCCCAACCACAAGUGGCACCGUGGCGACGGGACCCACCGCAGGUCACACGUCCAGUCCCCUUCUCCUCUCCGCAUCGAGAACCUUAUGGACGACCUGCUGGUCGAAGAGGUGCCAUCUCGCUCGUCCCUCAAGUCCCACCCUUCACGCAAGUCCAACAAGAGCAUUGGCACAGCGAUACGGGCUCGCGCAUACCUCGCCGAGUUUAAGCAGACAAAGAAGAGACACCUCUAUCACCAGCGCGCAAGUGUUACCCUCAAGGCGCAGGGGAUGCCCAGCCAAGCGCGCAAGGGCCCGACUCCAGUGGUCCACCGCUAUCGCGAGCGCGAGUCGUGGAAGGAGCGCAUCUCCACGUUGGGAGUGCCGCAUAUUGGUGGGGCUGUCCCCGUCGCGGUGCCAGCCUCGCGCGCUCCUGCUGUCCCCAUUACGCAACGUACAGUCGCGAGCGCUGUGGACGCGAUGAACAGGUCGAAUGCGAUUAUAAGGGCGGCUGCUCCCCCCUUUGUCCCCAGGUCUCCCCCCGUACCCCAGUACUUGGCUGCAAACUUCCAAGGAAUCGGGGGUAGGCCUCUCACCAACCCUCCCCCUCGCGCGACUCCUCUUUCCCCAACCCCGCUUCCACCGAGGCCUACACGCCCUUCCCCCAACAUGCAGUCUGGAGCAUUCAUCCGGCCUCUGGUUCCAGUUGACGCAAUCGCAAAGCCCCAAAUCAACAACUUUCCCCCCGUCAUCGCCAUCCCCAAGGGCCCACCGCCGCGCCUCCCUGCCGAGCUCACGUACGAGGCGCUCUCAAAACACGUAUCACACGGCGGCCUCGUACGCGUCCACCAGGCCAACUCUGCAAGCCCGCUCCAGUGGACCGGUUCUCGCUCGUCCUCGGGCUUUGGCGCGGGCGUGUUCAAGGGCAUGUCCCCGAACGCAUACAGCGCGGCCAUGAGCCAGCGAAAGGGGCCGUGGGACGGGCCGUGGGUCACUGAGACGGUCCACCGCCACAUCACCGAGCGAAGCGACGAGGACACUCCAUGGAUCAGCGGCACGUUCAGCCUCAACUGGGCUCUGUGGGCCAUCGUCAAGGCCCUGGCAGAGGGGUCGACCGCGGUCCACCUCUCUGUCAUUUCGCCAACGGACGAGAUCCGUUUCCUCCCCACUGAAGUGCUGCACCACACACGCGGAGACGUGCGGUCGCAGGAGGCGGCAACGAUCCGCAGGGCCGCGGAGCGCGGUGAGGUGCUCUUCUACGGGAGGAUCUUUGCCGAUUCCAUCCAGGCAGACUUGGUGUGGACUCCAGAGACCAUCCCGUUUGAACUCCCUGCUCGUUUCUGGCGGCCAGCUACUUCCCGUCCGCUCGUCGGAGGUUGGAUGAGCUACCUGUGCUGGAACAAGGCAGAGGACUGGGUCCUCGCCUCACUCAAGCUGGCAUCCAAGAACCCGGGGACACCGUGGACAAGCCAGCCUGUUCACAGCAUCUCACACGACUGGCCGCCUCCCAUCGAAGAGAUUGAAGAGAUAUCCCUCGCACCGCACCUGCUUGCGAGCUCCCCCACCCGCACCUCACAGACCACAUUCCCGCUCGAGGCCGUCCUCGUCGAAGUCGACGACUCGCCGGAGCAGCCUCGCCGUGUGACAGAGCUGGACGAGAUUGGGCUUGUGCUCCCUCCCCCGCUCGUACCAACGCGUGUUUCUGCUGCUCUUAUCCACCUCGAGUAA